AUGCUGGUUGUACUCAACCUGCGAAUUUCAGCUAUGAAGCGUAAGUCUCAGCAAAGACUCCAUGGUCUGACGGUCGUGCCAGGUCUUACCCAAAGACCUAUCCAACCAGGACAUAGCUGGACAUAUCGUUGGACCGCCUCCCAGUACGGCACUUACUGGUAUCAUCCCACUCUCGGGGUGACAUGUCCGAUGGCCUCUACGGGCCCAUUUGGAUCAAUCUUCUGGGCCUUUCGUAACUCGAGCUAUCGUUCAGACUUAUACGGUAAAAUGUUAACUAUUUCCAGCUGUUCUGACCGUGUCCUCAUCAACGGGCGCGGUGCAGUCUAUUGCGCAGGGGCCGAAAAGGUCUCUAGUGUAGAACUUUCUUAUCUGAAGUCUUCAAUUGGCAAUCAGCCACUUACUGACAAGCGAUGCCUUCCCAACGUCUACGAAACGCAGGGCAACUUCCCUCCGACCUAUGAAGACAAAAUUCCAGCUGGACUAAAUUCCGGCUGUACUCCUACAACUGGUUUGCACGAGACCAUUGAAGUUGAUCCUAAUGCCGGCUGGGUCAGUCUUAAGUUCAUCAGUGCCGCGUCUAUCAAGGCUCUUAUGUUCUCUAUUGAUGAGCACCCGAUGUAUGUCUAUGAGGUCGAUGGUAACUACGUUGAGCCUCAGCUUGCUGAGAGUAUGAACAUCUUCAGCGGCGAGCGCUCCGCCGUGAUGAUCAAGCUCGACAAGGAUUUGAAGGAAUACACUAUUAGGGACACUCCGUCUCAGCCCUAUGUGGAUUACGGCGGAAGAAACACCUCUACCUCCGUCGUUGCCCUCGAAAUUAAGGGCAUUAAGAAUUACCCUGCUGUCACUAUCCCUCAGACUGCUGAUCAGCUUCUAACUGGGACGACCCGAUUGUCUAUAACAUCAACAAAGAACAAUCUGGAGCCGCAGGUUACCAUCCAAACCAAGAACGGAACCUGGGUCGAUCUGUUGCUCCAGUUGGGUGAAAUGCCCAACAGCCCUGCCAUCCAAGCCCCGCAUGUCAUGCACAAGCACUCCGACAAGGGUUUCAUCCUUGGUGUUGGUCCUGGGACCUCAUGGAUGAUGGUGCGGUACCAGGUUGUCAACCCUGGACUCUUCCUCUUCCACUGCCAUAUCCAUACUCAUAUGGCGAAUGGAAUGGCUGUUGCUCUACUCGAUGGUAUUGAAGUCUGGCCUCCGGUCCCCAAGGGUGAGGACCAGAGUCCCCAGCCUUGGACUCAUGGCUAG